UUCCAGUUGAAUUUUUGUACAACCAUUUGCGGAUGUUGUGAAUUAUUAGAUUUAUUUAAUGAAAUUGAGAUUGUAGAAUACUUCAUAGACUUGUGAAAUAAAAUGAUAACCCGAUUGGGCAAUAUAUAUUUCUGUUACAUACAAUAAAACUUUGUCUAUAAUUUACUAACGUGGCGGAAUUAUUUGCCUGUAAAGAAAUACCGAUUGAGAGUCCCGCUUUUGUUUUGGCUCACUGUUAUACUACGUACCUACAUAGCGCAUAUGAAAGUAACUAAACGGUUCACAUUGUAAAUAAAAUUAAAUACACACCAACUACCAAAUGCAGAACGAGAUAUAUCCAGGCUUUGUCAAACUGCAAAGCUCGGAUUCACCAAAAUUUGCAAACGCUUCCAAAAUGCAGGCUUCUAAAGUGAUAGCUCCUGGGAACUUUGUCGCAUCAGAAAUUAGUGACGAUAAUUAUACGCAUGAUAUACUGCAGAAUCGCACAUUGAAUCCAGAUUUUGCAGAAAAGUCAAAUAAUUUAAAGACCACCAAAAGGAAUUACCGAAGCCAGAGCAGUGGGAGUAGUGCUCGAGAUUUCAUCCCUUCGGAAGAUCUUGAUAACUUAGAGCUGUGUAUACCACAUUCGAACGUAGCAAGGGAAUUUGAUCGUGGUAACAAUAUGCUUACGGGCGCAUGUUGCGAUAGCUAUUCUGUUGAUGCUAUUUCUGCUGACCGGCGCAGAAAGGGACAUGGACGUCGAUGCAAUAGAAAUGUAGAAAGAUCUCAGGUGAAUUGGCCGCGUAACAUUACCGCUACAAUGGAACGUUUUGAACCUGCGCAGAGUAAUAGACCGCCAUCCUCUGCAUCUUCUUUGGAUUACGGGUUCGCUGCUAGUGUAGUUACUUCGGCGGCAGAACUACCGCACUGUUCGCAGAUAACACACCCUCUUGAAGUGCCGAAACAUGACAUUGAGAUGCUCAGAGGAGUUGGAUCAAUGAAUCAUGUCUACUCCUACGCAUAUUAUGAACCAGGAUCUGUAAAAUGUCAUUCAAAUAAUCCGCGGAAUAAUGGGCAAAUGUUAAACACUACGACAAUGCGUUGCAAUAACGUGGAAACUUCUAAGAAUGCACAUCGCAACUCUAUUCGUACUUUACUCUCAAAAGGUUUUCGUUCCAAAUCAAUUGCUGGACAAUCUAUAUCUUUGUCUCCAUCUCCGUCUCCGUCUCCAUGUGUGGAAGAUCGCCAUACUUAUACAACUCGAUAUGGAACAACGGAAAAUCUGUACGAAGAAGUAAACGAUCAAAAGAUUGGAAAAGUUCUUUCCGAUAAUCGUAUUGAAGUUUCCGCUGCUAAUAAUGUAAAAGAAGAGUUUCGUCGAGUUCAACACAACCACUUUCGUGUACUGGAUGAGCUAAAUUUAUCUCUGGAAGCUUUAAUUAUGCCUCCUAGUCCACUAAACCUAAGUCCUAACAAUAGGCAGGACAUGGAGGAUACCACAGGGAAGGUUGACAUUUCUGUAGCUAUCGGAAAUAUCUCAACGCCUUCAACGGUUUCUUCUUCAUCGCCAAAUUUACCGCAAAAACCACGGCGUUUUGGUUUGCUUGGAGGUGAUUCAUCUUCAUUACUCUCAUCAGGCCAAUCCCAUGAGUUCUCAAAUAAUAGCCUUGAAAACGUAUCAGUUACAUUUCAUUCAAUGGAUCUUAAAGACCGGUCUCAUAAUUCGACCAACAAUCCCGAGUUUGAUGAAGGUGAUUUGGAUAGCGGAUUUAGUGGUAGCGGAAGUAGUAGCGGUGCCAGUUGCAAUGAAAGUUUGCGAGAUUAUAAAAUAGGAAACACACUGCUGACCCGUAACCAGUCUCUCCUUCAUAAGAAACACCUUUGUUACUCACCUACAUCUUCUGGGUCAUUUGCUUUGAAGACUAGUGUGGCAUCACAUGAAGAUGUAGUUCCAGGCAAUAAAAACAAUGAAGUAACAUCGUUUGUUUGUGUUCACCGUUGCUCAGAUACGAAUAAAUUAUCCAUGCCAUCGACGUCAACGGGUACUAAAUCUAAAAAUAGUUUUUGGUCUAUGAAAUCGUAAUGCUACGAAUGAGUGCUGUGGAUGGAACUGUUAAUCUAUAGGUUCUUCGCUCAUUUGUAUGACCGAUGAAUAACUAAAUGCUGCGUUAAUUGCUUAUUAUCGCUUGUAUCAGUUGUCUUGUGAAGUUAACCAGGAAAAAGUAUAGCCCUGUUGGCACGCAGAGUAUAAUUACACACAUAUAUAUGUAUUUCGCUGCAAGUAUUAUUGAAAUUAGAAAUAAGCACAAUAAAAUAAUUUAAUUUAUUUUUGGUAUUUAUGUACAUGAGGAAUUAGGGAAAUUCAGAUAUACUUAUACAUACUGCCUAAGUUUGCCACUAAAGUGAUUUUAACUAUGGAUAAUAUUCAUACAUGUGUACAAAUAAAUAGCAAUAGAUGAAAUUGUUUUAAAAUAAAUGCAACCUGCAAACUAAUUAAAAUGUAA